AUGGCUUCAAAAUUCUUAGUGAUAACUGGUCCGAGCGGUGCGGGGAAAACUACAGUGAUAGAAUAUCUUCUUAAAGUUCCUCUGUUUGAGUUGAGUGUCUCAUACACGACAAGAGAGCCCCGGAAGGAUGAGAUUGAUGGAAAGUACUACUUCUUUAUUUCCAAAGAGGAGUUUGAAAGGAAAAUCGCAGAAAACUUCUUUGUAGAGUAUGUUGAAUUCAACGGUAACUACUAUGGAACACCCCACAAGAGCCUGGAGGAAGACAAGAUAGUCAUUCUUGACAUUGAGCUUGGUGGGCUCAGGUUUUUUAAGCAGAGAAAUCCACGGUCCUUUUUUUGUCUUAUUAAAGUAGAUCGUUCAACAAUGGAGAAAAGGCUUUUGAAAAGAGUCUACUCAAAUUUCGAGGGAGACCUGCAAGUUGACGAAGAUGACUUUAAAAAGAGGAUGUGCUCAUUUGAUCUUUUUAACGAAGUAGAACAGCAGUUUGAAUUCAAUAAAAUCAUAGAUAAUUCAAAAUCAAUUGAAAAUACACUGAGACAGGCCCAGGAUUUAGCUGAUGAGGUUAUUGAGUACUACGAUGUUAUAUGUAAAGAUCUGUAG